AUGGAGGAACACUGGCAGCCCAAUGGGGCUUCCCAUGCCAAUGGGAAGAUCAGCAGCACAGUGAGUGGGUGGAGCUGCCCCCUGGCUCUGGAGCUGGCACCGUGGCAGGAGUUGCACUGCUUACUGGUGGUGCUGUUGAGUGCAGCAGGUCCUGACCCUAAGGCUGGCAAUCUCAAGUGUGGCCACCCAUGCUCUGUGCUCCUUGGCCUCCAGGUCUCCCUGCAGUAUGAGAAAGAAGGAGCCUUCCAUCACACCUGCGGUGGCACCCUGAUCGCCCCCGACUGGGUCCUGACUGCAGGACACUGUAUCUCGUCCUUGCUGACCUAUCGGGUGGUGCUGGGUGAGUAUGACCGGGCUGUGGAGGAAGGGCCUGAGCAGGUGAUCCCCGUCAACCCUGAAGGUCUCUUUGUGCACCCCGAGUGGAAUGAUAAAUGUGUGGCCUGCGGCAAUGAUAUCGCCCUGGUCAAGCUCUCUCGAAGUGCCCAGCUGGGAGAAGAAGUCCAGCUUGCCCGCCUCCCCCCUGCUGGUGACAUCUUACCUAAUGGAGAACCCUGCUACAUUAGCGGCUGGGGCGUCUCUCCAACCUAG